GGGUGUCAUUUGUAAAGCUUCACCAGGUGCUGUCGUGGUGCUGUCAUUGCAGUGAGGAUGUCCAGUGGAGAAAGAUGCAGUGAUGAUAUUUAAAUUGCCAGCGCACUAAGUUCCCCGUCAGGAGACAUCUGAUGAAAAGUUACUGCAACAUAACAGAUUCCGGCAUGGAGGACAAGGCAAAUGGCUCUGUUGACACUAAAAGCCCCGUGGAGAACGGUCAGCUGCCAGACCCGGCCAAUUGGGGGGUCGCUGACGUUGUCAAUUACUUCAAAGCGACAGGGUUUGAGGAGCAAGCCACAGCUUUCCAGGAUCAGGAAAUCGAUGGCAAGUCCCUGCUCCUGAUGACACGUAAUGACGUCCUUACUGGGCUGUCAAUAAAGCUCGGCCCUGCUCUGAAAAUAUACGAGUAUCACGUAAAGCCGCUGCAAACUCAACACCUGAAGAGCAACGCCUCGUAGCAGCGCAGGCGGCCCCACCCCAACCCCCACCUCAGUGACAAUCAUCGUGACAGGAGAUCCCAGGUUAGCUGCAGCUCCUCUGGCGGCACCUUAACAGGACUUUAAUGCUGUAUGUUUUUUACAAGUGUCGCCCCCCCAAAAAUGGGUUGCACACCAAGUCCACUCAGCUGUUUACCCUUUCAGCCAUUUUUCUGUCUGCUGCUUGAAAAAUUAAUUUAAUUUUUUGUGCGUCUUUAAUUUAAAUGAAUGACUUUUUGGGACAAUACUCAGCGGGUAUAAUUCUUUUAAGUGUGUAUGUUUGUUUUUGUGUGUGUGAAGUGACCCAUGUUGGUUUUAAAAAAAAGUAUUUGUAUAUAAGAUGAUAUAUAGUUGAAAACUGUAUGUUUUGUCCUACCUGAACACUUUGAUACAUGCAGUUAAUGAUACAAAUGCAUCCCAUUUUGUCCUGAAAUCACUUUUAUGCUCUAAACUGUGCAGCUGAGUCCAUGAGUAGUCCUUAGCAUGUAACUAUGAAGCAUCUUUGUUUUCCCUGACACAAGCCAAUCAGAAGCCUCUUUGUUACUGCACACCUACAUUAUCCAGACUCAAGGCUCUUGAUAUGAAAAUAUUUAUGUGUAUAUAUAUUCUUAUUGCGUUCCUACUUGUGGUGCUUUUGGCAUUGUCACGACGACAACUGUAUUGAAGUGUGUAUGAACAAUGUAUGUGAAACAUUACACUGGAGUUUGAAAAUCUUGAAUCAAAGAUUUGCAAUAAAUGGUGCUCUUUUUUUCUCACCAAAGAACAA